AUAAUACUCUGACGAAUCGAUGUCAAAAAAUUGACUCCAAUGUCUUGUCGAUUUCCACCUUCACCGGACCAUACACAUGAAUGAUUCAUUCCCUCCCUCUCUCCAUCUCUCCGCUUCCCUCUCUCUUCUCUCUCUGUCUCGAGCUCUGCGCAUUCCUUUCCAUGGCUUCUACGGCGGGGGCUGCUGACAGCAACGGCGGUUCCGACUCUCGGCCUUCGGGUUCAUCCAACUUGACGCUGGAAUCGGUGAGAAACUCUCUAAUUCGCCAGGAAGAUACCAUCAUUUUCUCCCUCAUUGAGCGGGCCAAGUACCCCUCCAACCCUGCCCUCUACGACCAGGCCUCCGGCGCCGGCGGCCUUGCCUGCUCCAUGGCGGAGUUCUUCGUUAAGGAGUCCGAAGCUAUUCAAGCCAAGAUUGGUAGAUAUGAAAGCCCAGAAGAAACCCCCUUCUUCCCGGAUCAUUUACCGCCUUUGCUGGUGCCACCGCGUGAUUAUCCUCAAAUUUUGCAUCCUGCAGGGGCGUCCAUUAACAUAAAUAAGGACAUAUGGGAUGUGUUCUUCAACAAGUUACUUCCACUGUUUGUUUCCAAAGGGGAUGACGGUAACUAUGUACCGACUGCAGCUAGUGAUCUCCAGUGUUUGCAGGCCCUCUCUAGAAGGAUUCAUUAUGGGAAAUUUGUCGCUGAGGUAAAAUUCUUGGAAGCACCCGGUGAGUACAGACCGGCAAUCCAGGCUCAGGAUAGGGAUGCCUUGAUGAACCUGUUGACAUUCAAGAGCGUUGAAGAAGGGGUGAAGAGAAGAGUGGAAAAGAAAGCCAUGGUGUUUGGGAAUGAGCUGUGCCUCGAUGAAAACGAAGAGAAGAAAUGCGAGGCUGACGAGAAGGGAAAAUAUACGGUCGAACCCUCUGUGGUUUCGCGCCUCUAUGGAGAAUGGGUGAUGCCUCUCACCAAGCAUGUUCAAGUGGAGUACCUUCUCCGCAGACUUGAUUAGAACCUGUUCACAGAAAAUUGAUCAGGUGAUUAAAAUUAUUCUACAAGUCAUUGCUGUAAUUUUAACACACAAUAAGUCUUGUGAUUCUUGAUUCUUGGAGCAAUAGAGCUAUGCUUUUUCUUCAAAA